AACUCCUGCUAAUCAAUUACUUUGGAGGCCGAGAACAGAUAAAGCCACUCUGUCUUCCGACGUGAAGCCAAGGAGGAGCCGGGAGCAGCACUUUACUACAAAGAGAGGCUCCGAGACGGACCCCAGCCCUUCAGGCUUCAAGACCCAAAAGAGUGGGGAAGAAAGGAGUAGAGACGAAGAAGAGAGACAGAGGGGAAGACCAUCCAACUCAACAAAGACCCAGAAGACAGAACUCCCAAGUCCUCACUGGGAGAAAACAGAAAGUUCCGCUUGGCCGAUUCGGCCCAUCUAAACUCUUGGAUCUGCGGCAAAGGGUCUCUUCAUUUCGUCUGAAGACAAACAGACCUUGAAGAGGACACUUCCAACAGAUCCUUCCAAAGACAGAAGUGCGCUCGCCCUUCUUUUUAAAGAAGGAGUGGGGGGAAAACAAAGUCUUGUUCCAACUUCUGUGGAGAGCUUCCAGCUUAUAGUCCAGAAGAUGGAUGCUAUCUUCAAUGCCACGCUGGCUGGCAACCUGUCCAUCAACGGGACCGAGGGAGGCAACUGCUCCUCCGAGAUGCCAUUGGUGAUCCCCCAUGAGGUCUACCUCAUCCUGGGUGCCAUCAGCUUUGUGGAGAACCUGCUGGUGGUGGCCGCCAUCGCAAAGAAUCAUAACUUGCACUCCCCGAUGUACUACUUCAUCUGCUGCCUAGCCAUGUCGGACAUGUUGGUGAGCAUCAGCAAUGUGGUGGAGACCUUCUUCAUUCUGCUCAACGACCAUGGCCUGCUGCAGCUGGGACAGUCCACCAUGCAUCAUAUGGACAGCAUCAUGGACAUGCUGAUCUGCAGUUCCCUCCUCUCCUCACUGUCCUUCCUCAGUGUCAUCGCCAUCGACCGCUACAUCACCAUCUUCUAUGCCUUGCGCUACCACAACAUCAUGACCUUCCAGAGAGCGCAGGCCCUCAUAUUGACCAUUUGGGCGAUCUGCUUCGUGGUCAGUAUAGUCUUCAUCCUCAAUGACAGCUCAGAAGUCAUUAUCUGCCUGGUGGUUUUCUUCGUUGCCGUAGUCAGCCUCAUCCUGGCGCUCUACUCCCACAUGUUCAUCCUGGCCCGCCAUCACGCGCGGCACAUCUCCAGCAUUCCCCAGAAGAAGAGCUCCCCGCAGCUGUCCAGCAUGAAAGGGGCCAUCACUCUCACCAUCCUCUUAGGGGUCUUCCUGAUCUGCUGGGGACCCUUCUUCCUCCACCUGACCCUCAUCGUCAUCUGCCCUAUCCGGUGUGCUUGCUACUUCAACUACUUCAACCUCUACCUCAUCCUCAUCAUCUGCAACUCAGUGGUGGACCCCGUCAUCUACGCCUUCCGGAGCCAGGAGCUGAAGAAGACUUUGAAGGACAUGCUGUUCUUAAUAUGGAACCCGCCGCCGACGCCCAGACGCCUCUGCCGCCGACGCUGCCGCUUCCGAAGCUUUUCCGCCCGAGGGAAAAAGAGAAAAAACACCCACUCACCCACGCACACACCCCGCGAAGCCACCAUGAGGGAGAUCGUCCACAUCCAGGCGGGCCAGUGCGGCAACCAGAUAGGAGCCAAGUUCUGGGAGGUGAUCAGUGACGAACACGGCAUAGACCCCAGCGGGAACUAUGUGGGCGAUUCCGACUUGCAGCUGGAAAGGAUCAGCGUCUAUUACAAUGAGGCCUCUUCACACAAAUACGUUCCCCGUGCCAUCUUGGUGGACCUGGAACCAGGCACUAUGGACAGCGUCCGCUCCGGGGCUUUCGGACAUCUCUUCAGACCAGACAACUUUAUUUUUGGGCAAAGCGGGGCUGGCAACAACUGGGCCAAGGGCCACUACACAGAGGGGGCUGAGCUGGUGGACUCUGUCCUGGAUGUGGUGCGGAAGGAGUGUGAGAACUGUGACUGCCUGCAGGGUUUCCAGCUGACCCACUCACUGGGGGGCGGCACGGGGUCUGGCAUGGGCACCCUCCUGAUCAGCAAGGUCCGUGAGGAAUACCCUGACCGGAUCAUGAACACUUUCAGCGUGGUGCCUUCACCCAAGGUCUCCGACACGGUGGUGGAGCCCUACAACGCCACCCUCUCCAUCCACCAGCUGGUGGAGAACACAGACGAGACCUACUGCAUCGACAAUGAAGCCCUCUAUGACAUCUGCUUCCGGACCCUCAAGCUGGCCACCCCAACCUAUGGCGACCUCAACCACCUGGUCUCAGCCACCAUGAGUGGCGUCACCACCUCAUUGCGCUUCCCUGGGCAGCUCAACGCUGACCUGCGCAAGCUGGCUGUCAACAUGGUGCCCUUCCCACGCCUCCACUUCUUCAUGCCAGGCUUCGCGCCACUGACCGCCCGAGGCAGCCAGCAGUACCGUGCUCUGACCGUCCCAGAGCUGACCCAGCAGAUGUUCGAUGCCAAGAACAUGAUGGCGGCCUGUGACCCUCGCCAUGGACGCUACCUGACGGUGGCUACCGUCUUCCGUGGCCGCAUGUCCAUGAAGGAGGUGGACGAGCAGAUGCUGGCCAUCCAGAGCAAGAACAGCAGCUACUUCGUGGAGUGGAUCCCCAAUAACGUAAAGGUGGCCGUCUGCGACAUUCCGCCCCGGGGGCUCAAGAUGUCGUCCACCUUCAUCGGCAACAGCACCGCCAUCCAGGAGCUUUUCAAGCGCAUCUCAGAGCAGUUCACAGCCAUGUUCAGGCGCAAGGCCUUCCUCCAUUGGUACACCGGCGAAGGCAUGGAUGAGAUGGAGUUCACCGAAGCCGAGAGCAACAUGAAUGACCUGGUCUCCGAAUACCAGCAGUACCAGGAUGCCACGGCCGAGGAAGAAGGCGAGAUGUACGAAGACGACGAGGAGGAGUCCGAGGCCCAGGGGGCCAAGUGAUGCCCCCUCCGCUGUUAGCGGUGGAUGAUGGGAGGUGGGGCUCGGCUCCUCCUGGUUGAGACCGCAGCUCCAGCACCAUCCAUCUCUCGCUCUUCAUUUUGCUGAGUUUUGUAGGCAACCGGCUUCUAGUUGCUUCUGACCCAUGGGUUCCCAAACAUCAAAGUUCAGUCUCUUCUAAACCAUCAUCCCCGUCCCCCUCCCUAGAACCGUACAGUGGGGAGGAAAUAAGGAUAGGAUUGUCACCCGUUUCCAAUUAAAAACAUGACCGGGUUUUUCAUCCAGCCCUAAAAGAGACAGUACUUUGACGCAAUGCAUUUGCAACACGAAUUUAUCCACAAGUGUAUCAUCUAAGUGCAAAACAGUAAGUGAACCUUUAGAUUCGAUACCUAGGUGCAUCCCAUUAAACAGCCACAGGUUCAAGGGCACAGCCACACUGUUGAAUUAAUGCUCUUUGGCACCACUUUAACUGCCUUGGUUCAAUACUAUGGAAUCCACGGCGUUGGAGUUAUACAGGGUCCUUAGCCUUCUUUGCCAAAGAGUGCAGGCGCCUCCUCAAGCUACAGCUCCCAGGAUCCCAUAGCAUUGAUCACAGCAGUUGAAGUGGUGCCAAACUGCAUUAAUUCAACAGUGUAGAGACGGCCCCAAGUCCAAAUCUUGGACAGAUUAUCCUAAAAAGUUGAAUUUUCCAGCACUGGGAUGCUGAUACUUCCAAAAAUCUGGGAUAAAAAGCAACAAGAUGCCUUCGAUCAUUGCUUGGCUUGUUUCCAUUUAGCAGAAACCCAGCUCACAAAGGUGGGAUCCAGGGAUUUGUAGUUUGGUGAGACUCCAACCCUCUUUGGCUAAGAAGACUAAAUCCCUUGUAAAACUACAACUCCCAUGGUUCCAUAGGAUGGGGCCACAGUAGUUUAAAGCAGUGUAAAACUGCAGAAAUCCGACAACGUUGAUGUAAAUCCAUCCAAAUUUGACCUUUCAAACCCAUCCGAUUCCUGAAGCUCCCGAUUCGCAUCCCUCCCUUUAACUGAGCCGAUAGAUCCUUGUACUUUUUGCACCGACUCUUAUGUACUCAUUUAUGCAUUGUUUGGUUUCGCAAGGACAUCGAACGGGUUUCUUAUAAUAAUAAACCCUCCUGGACAUUUCGAAAAAGGACUGGUUUGGAUCCACUUUGGUGAAAUUAUGGGAUUUGGCUGUUCUUCGUCCUCAUGACAAUGCUCCUUCCCUUUCUUGCCACUGUACGCUUGAGCGCAUCUGACGACAGACUUUGAUAACUUUUGAGGGCCCUGGUUUUCAUUUUUUACUGGUCUGUGUCUCUUUUUAUGUUUUGGAAUAUUUAAUAAAUCUAUUGCUGUCCAGCA